AUGCCACAACGCCGACUGGGCAAAAACGGUCCCAAAGUACCAGCCAUCAGUUUUGGAGCAAUGGGCUUAUCAUUUGGAUAUGGACCCGCGGGAUCAGACGAAGAACGGUUCAAAGUCUUGGAUCGCGUUAUCGAACUUGGAAGUACUUAUAUUGACAGUUCGGAUAUCUACGGUGAUAAUGAAGAUUUAUUGGGAAAAUAUUUCAAGAAAUAUCCACAGCAACGGGAUAAGGUAUUUCUUGCAACGAAAUUCGGUGGCGUAUAUUCGCCAGAAACGAAAACUUUUUCGAUUCGUGGUGAUAAACACUAUGUUCACGAAGCUUGUGCGAAAAGUUUAUCACGACUCGGUCUCAAUACAAUCGAUCUUUAUUACGUUCAUCGUAUUGAUAAAACUGUUCCAAUUGAAGAAACAAUGGAAGCACUGAAAGAACUUGUACAUCAAGGAAAAAUCAAAUAUAUUGGCUUAUCGGAAUGUUCAAGUGAAACACUACGACGCGCAUAUGCUGUUCAUCCAGUUGCCUGUGUCCAGAUUGAAUACUCUCCAUUCAGUUUAGACAUCGAAAGAGACGAAAUUGGUCUUUUGAAAACAUGUCGAGCACUUGGUGUAGCUAUUGUUUGCUAUUCGCCAUUAGGCCGCGGAAUGUUAACUGGACAAAUCAAAAGUCCCGAUGAUUUUGCAGCAGAUGAUUUCCGAUGGAUUUUACCACGGUUUUCCCAAGAAAAUUUUUCCAAAAACCUCAAAUUAGUUGAUGCAAUAGUAGCGAUUGCAAAGAAGAAAGGUUGCACACCCGGUCAAUUAACAUUAGCAUGGAUUCUUGCGCAGGGAGAAGAUUUUAUCGUCAUCCCGGGUACAAGCAAAAUCAAAAAUUUGGAAGAAAAUGUCGCAGCUGUUCAAGUUCAAUUGAACAAAGCAGAUCGCGCCGAAAUCCGAGAAGCUUGCGAAAAAGCCGAUGUUAUUGGGGACCGUUAUCCGGCAUUCGCCAUGGACUCUCUCUUUAGUGACUCGGCUCCGAAAAAGAAUUGA